AUGCUUUGGACAAGCUUUUGGGAGCGAUCCUUCGUCGUGGUCGUGGGGCCCAAUUUGCUUGCCAUUUUCUAUGAGCCGUUCCAUGUCCAAUCACAAGCUUCGGCCUCAUAUCACCGUCACAUCCAUAGAUCUGGUGGCUCCGCUCCCUGCGGCCGUGUCAGCCAAUACUACAAUCCUACCCCACAGAGUUGGCAACAUGCUAACACGGACGGCUGGCUGAACGCUUGGUGGACUGCCCAUGCUGCCCAACGUACCGGGAACUCAAAUGGCUUUACUGGCGCGUUUGGUGAGUGGGCUCUGGGGGAACCAGAUUGGAGCUGCCAGAUUAGUGGCAACGAGAACAACUGCAACCUAAACCCAUGCGACAACCAGGUUUUGAAUGGCCUGGGCAAUGGCACCCAGCAGGCGUACUAUGUAGCGCAUGCAAUCUCCAAUCUGCACGGGUACAUCCGGGGCUUGGAAGAUGCGUUCCAGUCGUCUGCCAUAUCCAGUAGUUAUGAUCAAGAUGCCAUUGUCAACAAUUUCUGGUGGGAUGACAAUAACUGGGAUCCUACCGUUCUCAAGGAAGUUCUUGGUGCUAUUGGGACCAUCCUAGGCCUCGGAGCUGCUUUCGCUGCGCCGGCAAUCGCAACGGAGGUCGGUGCCGUCUCGGCCCUAUAUAGUGGCGCGACGGGUGCCGCAAAUACAGCGAUAUCACAGAAGGAUAUUACCUUCAACACCGCCGCUGACAUGGGCCACGCCAUGAGCCAGUUCGUUCUGGCGGGCGAGACAGCAUUUAUCAGCUUGAAUAACGCCCUCAUGCAUGGGGACGGCAUCGGCAACUCUGCCGACAUCCGUCAAGUCCUCCAGAACGGGCGCUGGGUGAAUAUCACGGACAUGGACAUGAAGAAAACCGUCCAUACGAUGAUGAGCAUGAUGCAGUCCGCGAUGAUUAACUACCUUUGGCGCAUGCAGCGUGUCUUCAUCCUGGGUGGUGCUUCCUGCGGCGAAGACCAAGGUAUCGGAGGAACGGGGUCUAAGAACCAGGAUAACAUUAUCUGGUGGUGCGAUAACAAAGGCAAAGCUUGGUAUCUGUUCUAUUGGCAGAAGCAUGCCAACGAUCAAGACACAGCCGAUACUAACACCGACAAUGGGUGGAUUGCAAGACCAUGGGGAUCAGACCGCAUGGGCAAUCCUCCUUAUUUGGAGACGACUGGCGGCAGUGGUCCAUUCUGGAAGAACCUCAACCCCUCGGAUGCUGUCAUCUCCUCCGUCAAGGCCUAUCAAGUAGCUGGGAACAACUACACCACUUCCACCUGGAACAAGCGGAUGCAGGAGAUCUUCAGCACGGGUGUGAACCCAUGGUCUGAGGGUACCGCUAUGGAAGGUCUGUGGACGAUCCCCGUGUGUGAUAUCAGCGCCACCGUCGGUAGUGACUACGACUACGCCUACAAGCAAUAUAUCCUGCAGCCGUACGGAUACAAUAACAAGCCCAAGUGGUGCGGGCCCAUCUGUGGCAACGACCCGAGCCAGACCAUCGCCUUCUACCAGAAGGCGAACUUCGGCAAGGGUUUUUCGCACCCCUUUUUAGACGACUGCAGUGAGGGUGGCAAGACUUGGGAUUGGCAGACCGGAGAUAUAAGUCAAGGCGGCAAUGUGGUUGGUCACACCGUGCAUGGUUAG